GCACUGACGUAUCUGAACAAUAUAGAAAAUUGACAUAUGAUGUUUUAAGUUCUGUUCAUAAGAUGGAAGAAAGUCUUAAGAGACUGAAGCGUGCAAGGGACAGGGGAGCUCAAGGUGGUGCUGAAGUUAGUGGUGGUCUUUCUGAUGAUGACAAGAUUCGCAUUCAGAUCUGUCUAGAUGUGGAAUACUUUGGAAGUCAGAUGAAGACCCUCUCAGUUGACAUGAAUGCAAUUGAAUCAUUCAUUGGUCUUCUUACAAUGGCUCAGAAUGCUCGGGAUGGAAAAUUUAUACCAUAAAAUGUAUGUUUACUGUAAUGUGAAGAGUUUGGCUGUCUUCAAGAUGAAUGGGUUGUAAACCAAAUUUUUUGUGUAUUGAAUAACUAGGUGUUUAAUUAUACUCGCUAAUUAUUAUUAUUAUAAUCAAAAAGAUAUACUUGCUAAUAAAAUAAUUUAUAUUGGAAAAUUAUGCAAAAGUAAAUUAGUACAGUAUAAUA